AUGGCGACCAAGGCGACCAAGGUGGCAAAGAGCCACGAGCAUGAGAAGCGCAAGGGCGAGUCGGCCCUCAGCGACUUUGCCGAAUACGUAGAACAGCAGCAGAACCUCCGGUAUCCCGCCUCGACCAAGAAGCCUGUUCCCGACUCGGCAGAGCACGAUGCGGAGCUCGACGAGCUGCUAGACAGCCUCAAUCUGGUCGACUCCGCGCCGCGGAUCAAGCUGAAAGACCUCGUGCUCGGAUCGAACGACGACACGCUGCAGAAGCUCGGGGAUGUCAUCGUCGAGCGGAUAGAAGAGGGCGGCGGAGAGACCGUCUUUGACCUCGGCUUCGAGAACAGCGGCGAGUCUAUGCAGCUGACGCUCGACGAGUGGAACAAGGCAUAUGCAAGGCUGGUGGAGGCUGCGAAGAAGGUGCGCGCAGACUGCCAGCUUCUGCUGACGACCAAUGUCGGCGGCAAGGAAGAGGCCGAGAGCACGGCCACCAGCCCACCCAAGGACAAGAGCUGCAGCGGCAAGAUCCUGAUUCGGAGGAUACCGGCCAGGGUUGAAGAUGUCAUUGAGACGAGGAUAGCUGUCGUGGGAAAUGUCGACGCCGGAAAGAGCUCGCUGCUGGGCGUCCUGGUGAAGAACGAUCUCGACGACGGACGAGGAAAGGCGCGUGUAAACCUCUUCCGCCAUAAGCACGAGAUGGAGACGGGACGGACAAGCUCCGUGGGCAUGGAGAUUAUGGGAUUCGACAGCCACGGCCAGGUCAUCACCUCGGACACCCCGGGCCGCAAGUUGUCCUGGGAAGAUAUUGGGAAGCACAGCGCCAAGGUCAUCACGUUCAGCGACCUGGCGGGACACGAAAAGUACUUGCGGACGACGGUCUUCGGCCUGCUGUCUAGCAGCCCCGACUUCUGCCUCCUUAUGGUGGCAGCCAAUAACGGGCUGGUGGGAAUGAGCAAGGAGCAUCUGGGGAUUGCGCUGGCGCUCAACGUCCCCGUCAUGGUCAUCAUCACCAAGAUUGACAUUUGCCCCCCUAACAUCCUCGAACAGACCAUCAGCCAGGUCAACAAGAUCAUGAAGAGCCCCGGGGCGAGGAAGAUGCCGAUCUUCAUCACCAACCGCGAGGAGUGCGUCAACACGGCGACGCAGUUUGUGAGCAAGCGCAUCUGCCCCGUCUUCCAGGUGUCCAACGUGACGGGCGAGAACUUGGACCUUGUGCGCAUGUUUCUCAACAUGCUGCCGCACCACGGACACUACCAUGCGGACGCGCCAUUCGAGUUUCAGGUUAACGACACGUUCUCGGUGCCGUUCACGGGGACGGUUGUCUCUGGCAUUGUCAAAUCCGGCAUGGUUCACGAGGGCGACAACGUCCUCAUCGGGCCCGACUCGCUGGGGCACUUUAUGCCAACGGCGGUGCGGUCCAUCGAGCGCAAGAGGAUACGCGUGCAGGUGGCCGAGGCAGGGCAGUCGGCCUCGUUUGCGCUCAAGAAGAUGAAGCGGCGAGACGUGCGCAAGGGCAUGGUGAUGCUUCACAAGGAGGAGGGACAGACCGCCCCCAAGGUGUUUCGCGAGUUUGUCGCAGAGGUUCUUAUCCUGUCUCACGCGACCACAAUCAAGAAGCGGUAUCAGGCCAUGCUGCAUGUUGGCGCCGUGUCGCAGACGUGUGCCAUCAUCGACAUUGACCGCGAGCUGAUCCGCACCGGUGACCGAGCCAACGUGGCCUUUCGCUUUGUCCAGCGUCCAGAGUACAUCGCGCCCGGAGACCGUCUGCUGUUCCGCGAAGGCCGCACCAGGGGCUUGGGCAUUGUGAAGUCGGUGGGAUAUGACGCGUCACACCCGCUGUCGAGUACUCUGGACGAUGGAGACAAGACGGCGGAGACUGAGAAACAGGCGGCUCCUAUAGCGACGAACGAUGUUGCGAGCGGGACAUGA